AUGAGGAAAGGAGGCUCAGAGAGGGAUUGGAACCAGCAGACCUUCGACUAUCUCCUGAGCCGUGUCCAUUCUCCCAACGCCGCAAGCGUGGGCCUGGCCCUAGUCUCAGGCUACAACCUCUUCCAUGAAGCUAUUCCGGAUCCCUCGUGGAAGAACACAGUUCUGGGAUUUCGGACGCUGACUCCCAGGGACCUGGACAUGUUCCCUGAUUACAGGUUAACUGAGAGGGGAGUGAAAUUCUUCCAGAAGAAGGUGGAGUCUUUUGAGGAGGUAGCAAGAGGAGGUGCCGAUGUAAUUAUCAACUGCACCGGGGUGUGGGCUGGGUCAUUGCAACCGGACCCCCUGCUGCAGCCAGGCCGGGGACAGAUCAUUAAGGUGGAUGCCCCUUGGAUGAAGCACUUCAUUAUCACCCAUGACCCAGAGAAAGGCAUCUACAAGUCCCCGUACAUCAUCCCAGGGAUCCAGGCAGUGACUCUUGGAGGCAUCUUUCAGCUGGGGAACUGGAGCGAGGUAAACAACAUCCAGGACCACAACACCAUCUGGGAAGGCUGCUGCAGACUGGAGCCCACACUGCAGGAUGCAAAAAUUGUUGCUGAGUUGACUGGCCUCCGGCCGGUGCGCCCCCAGAUUCGGCUAGAAAGAGAACAGCUUCGUUUUGCAUCUUCAAACACAGAGGUCAUCCACAACUAUGGCCAUGGAGGCUACGGGCUCACUAUCCACUGGGGCUGUGCCCUGGAGGCAGCCAAGCUCUUUGGGAAAGUUCUGGAAGAAAGGAAGUUGCUCAAGAUGCCGCCACCUCACCUCUGA